GGGUGGAGAGAGAGCUGAUGGUGGGGGAUCCCACUCCCUCCCCCGUCAGUCUGGCCCGCUCUGUCCUCCCGUAGGCUCCGCUGUAGCUCGCAAUGUGACACCAGGACGCACACGCUCUCGCGCGCUCUCCCAGGCUCGCUCUCCUUCACCCGCUCUCACACACGCACGCACACACCCACCUCUCCCAUAAACACACACACACACAUGCACACCCACAUCCACGCGCGCCCUCACCGCCCCACGCGCGUACACUCCCGCCCACGCCCACACCGAGCUCCGGGGAGUCCGGUCCCGGCCAGAGCGCGAAAGGACACGGAGAAGCCACCCGCCGGGAGCGCAGCGGCGCCCCGGGACGCGGCGCGUCUCGGCUGGGGCUCGGCCUGGGGGCCGCUGGCCGGCGAUGGCCCUGGAUUGCGUGCUGCUGCUCCUCCUGGCAUCCGCAGUGGCCGCGAUGGAAGAGACAUUGAUGGACACCAGAACGGCGACUGCAGAGCUGGGAUGGACUGCCAAUCCUGCCUCCGGGUGGGAAGAAGUCAGUGGCUACGAUGAAAACCUGAACACCAUCCGUACUUACCAGGUGUGCAACGUCUUCGAACCCAACCAGAACAACUGGCUGCUCACCACCUUUAUCAACAGACGGGGUGCCCACCGCAUCUACACAGAGAUGCGCUUCACUGUGAGGGACUGCAGCAGCCUCCCAAACGUUCCGGGCUCCUGUAAGGAGACCUUCAACUUGUACUACUAUGAGACUGACUCUGUCAUUGCCACUAAGAAGUCAGCCUUCUGGUCUGAAGCCCCCUACCUCAAAGUCGACACCAUUGCUGCAGAUGAAAGCUUCUCCCAGGUGGAUUUUGGGGGAAGGUUGAUGAAGGUCAACACAGAAGUCAGGAGCUUUGGGCCUCUUACUAGGAAUGGUUUUUACCUUGCCUUCCAGGAUUAUGGAGCCUGUAUGUCUCUCCUUUCUGUCCGUGUCUUCUUCAAAAAGUGUCCCAGCAUUGUGCAAAAUUUUGCAGUGUUCCCGGAAACCAUGACAGGAGCAGAGAGCACGUCUCUGGUGAUUGCUCGGGGCACAUGCAUCCCUAAUGCAGAAGAAGUGGAUGUGCCCAUUAAACUCUACUGCAACGGGGAUGGAGAGUGGAUGGUGCCCAUUGGGCGCUGCACCUGUAAGCCUGGCUAUGAGCCGGAGAACAGCGUGGCCUGCAAGGCCUGUCCUGCGGGGACCUUCAAGGCCAGCCAGGAAGCUGAAGGCUGCUCCCACUGCCCCUCCAACAGCCGUUCCCCUUCAGAGGCGUCUCCCAUCUGCACCUGCCGGACUGGCUAUUACCGAGCAGACUUUGACCCCCCAGAAGUGGCGUGCACUAGUGUCCCAUCAGGCCCCCGAAAUGUCAUCUCCAUCGUCAAUGAGACAUCUAUCAUUCUGGAGUGGCACCCUCCAAGAGAGACUGGUGGGCGUGAUGACGUGACCUACAACAUCAUCUGCAAGAAGUGCCGAGCAGACCGCCGGAGCUGUUCCCGCUGCGAUGACAAUGUGGAGUUUGUACCCAGGCAGCUAGGCCUGACUGAGUGUCGUGUCUCUAUCAGCAGCCUGUGGGCCCACACCCCCUACACAUUUGAUAUCCAGGCCAUCAAUGGAGUCUCUAGCAAGAGUCCCUUCCCCCCACAGCACGUCUCAGUCAACAUCACCACAAACCAAGCUGCCCCCUCCACGGUUCCCAUCAUGCACCAGGUCAGUGCCACCAUGAGGAGCAUCACCUUGUCAUGGCCUCAGCCGGAGCAGCCCAAUGGCAUCAUCCUGGACUAUGAGAUCCGGUACUAUGAGAAGGAGCACAAUGAGUUCAACUCUUCCAUGGCCAGGAGCCAGACCAACACAGCCCGUAUUGACGGGCUCCGGCCCGGUAUGGUGUAUGUGGUCCAGGUGCGCGCCCGAACCGUGGCUGGCUAUGGCAAGUUCAGCGGCAAGAUGUGCUUCCAAACUCUGACAGAUGAGGAUUACAAGUCGGAGCUGAGGGAGCAGUUACCCCUGAUUGCUGGCUCUGCAGCAGCUGGGGUCGUAUUCGUUGUGUCUCUGGUGGCCAUCUCCAUCGUCUGCAGCAGGAAACGAGCUUACAGCAAAGAGGCUGUGUACAGCGAUAAGCUCCAGCACUAUAGCACAGGCAGAGGCUCUCCAGGGAUGAAGAUCUACAUUGACCCAUUCACUUAUGAGGACCCCAAUGAAGCUGUCCGGGAGUUUGCCAAGGAGAUUGAUGUGUCUUUUGUGAAGAUUGAAGAGGUCAUCGGAGCAGGGGAGUUUGGAGAGGUGUACAAGGGCCGUUUGAAACUGCCAGGCAAGAGGGAAAUCUACGUGGCCAUCAAGACCCUGAAGGCUGGGUACUCGGAGAAACAGCGUCGGGAUUUUCUGAGCGAGGCGAGCAUCAUGGGCCAGUUUGACCAUCCCAACAUCAUCCGCCUGGAGGGUGUGGUCACCAAGAGUCGGCCUGUCAUGAUCAUUACGGAGUUCAUGGAGAAUGGGGCUCUGGAUUCUUUCCUCAGGCAAAAUGAUGGACAGUUCACGGUGAUCCAGCUUGUGGGGAUGCUGAGAGGCAUUGCUGCCGGCAUGAAGUACCUCUCUGAGAUGAAUUAUGUGCACCGGGACCUGGCUGCUAGGAACAUUCUGGUCAACAGCAACCUGGUAUGCAAAGUGUCUGACUUCGGCCUCUCUCGCUACCUCCAGGAUGACACCUCAGACCCCACCUACACCAGCUCCUUGGGAGGGAAGAUCCCUGUGAGAUGGACAGCCCCAGAGGCCAUCGCCUACCGCAAGUUUACAUCAGCCAGCGAUGUCUGGAGCUACGGGAUUGUCAUGUGGGAAGUCAUGUCAUUCGGAGAGAGACCCUACUGGGAUAUGUCCAACCAAGAUGUCAUCAAUGCCAUUGAGCAGGACUACCGGCUGCCCCCUCCUAUGGACUGCCCAGCUGCCCUGCACCAGCUCAUGCUGGACUGUUGGCAGAAGGACCGCAAUAGCCGGCCCCGUUUUGCAGAGAUUGUCAACACCCUGGACAAGAUGAUCCGGAACCCAGCUAGUCUCAAGACUGUGGCAACCAUCACCGCUGUGCCUUCCCAGCCCCUGCUUGACCGCUCUAUCCCAGACUUCACUGCCUUUACCACCGUGGAUGACUGGCUGAGUGCCAUCAAAAUGGUCCAGUACAGGGACAGCUUCCUCAGCGCUGGCUUCACCUCCCUCCAGCUGGUCACUCAGAUGACAUCAGAAGACCUCCUGAGAAUAGGGGUCACCUUGGCAGGCCAUCAGAAGAAGAUUCUGAGCAGCAUCCAUUCUAUGAGGGUCCAGAUGAGUCAGUCACCAUCGGUAAUGGCAUGAGAACUCUUGUAUUCAUAAGGGGAGGAGAGGAAGGAAAAGGACCAGGGUCAAAGGAGAACCAGAGGUGGACUGCUGUGGAAUGUGCCAGAAAGACCAGCUUCUUAGCUGGGAAACAGCUUUCCAUCUGUGAAGAAUGAACUGGACCUGUUGCUCAUGGGUAACCGUCGUGUCUCAGCAACAGAAGCAUGUAGAUGCUGUGGGGAACCAAACAAGUAAUGAUAAAGAUAGAGAAAGGUGAUGUUUAACAGAAGUGAAGCCGAAACCAUAUGCAUUGGAAACCAAGGUGAACUCAGUUCCCACCCAAGGGGGACUGGAGUUACCUGUCUGCAGGAAGAAGGGAAGGAGGUGGAGAGAAGAGUCAGAAGCCUCGAGCUGUUCCAUCUUCUCCCUCACCUAUGACAUUCUUUUCUUUUCUCCUUUCGUAUUCCUCCCUGACAGUCCCUCCUCCCUCGCCCACGUCCAUUUCCCUUUGCUCAUGACUCGUGUAGGGAAGUUCCUUCAAAUAAAACCCAGCUCCUGAGUCUCCAGAUGUCGUUCUGUCAGUUGCCAAAGGACCUUGCUGACCACUACUGCAUGGGGAUCCAACCAAUUCAAUUAAUGUCUUCAUAUUGAAGAAGAGAUGUACCUUCAAUUGAAAACCUUGUUUUUCUUUUGUUUGCAUUUUCUGCAAAAAGGAAAAAAGAAACCACAAAUUGGAAAAAAAAUAAUAAUAGAAAAACCUGUUUCCGUGUGCAAGAGCACACGUAUGUGUGUCUGCGUUAUAAAAUGACUGUGCUUGUUCGUGACAGAUGCAAACAAGAAAAAAAGAAUUGGGAAAGUGUUUGGCCCUGGGAGAUCUCAAAGGGCUGGAAUAUGCUGUUGGCCUGGCUUUCUGCUCGGCUCUCUGGCUGCUUGGCUCAAUGGGAAGAGAAAAAAAGGGAGGGAACUCAAAUGAAAGGAAAAUUGAAAAAAAAAAAGUCUCUGAAGUGUUUGCAAAUUAAGACAGGAAACAGGUGAGUGGUUUGAAUUGGAUGCAGUGUGGGCCAUUCUAGAGUGAUGCUGACGGAAGAGGUAUUCUUGAUAAGAUCUGAAGAAAAGGAGAGGGAGAGGAUUUCUGGAGAAUGUUCUUCCACAUCCCUGGAACCGGCGAUUUUGGAGGCAGCAAGGAAGAACUCUUUCUUGCCUGGCCCAUGGACUGGCGGAAGCCACGUGGCAUCGAGGAAUGUCUCUGUCGUGUCCGUGUUUCUCUUUACAUUCCUUCUUGUACCUCAUUGUUCAUUGUUUGAUUCACUUUUGUAAAUUCCACCUAACAUUUGAAUAAUUUUAAUUUCUCCUUUUACCUUAAUCUCCUUGCUAAUUUUAUCUGUCUAAUUAAAAAGAGCAGAAGCAUGUCUGGGUUUACGUAA